GGCUUCAGAUCCGGGCGCAAUUUGACGUCACAAAUGCUUUGCCAGAAUGGCUUCCGCAUCUCACAACCACUCGGGCUCCUCGGCGACAGAUAGGAAAACCUCGACUUCGUCGCGUAAACAAAAGAAUUCAUACUCCACGUUAGACCGCAGAACGGAACGUACUUCACGCGUCACACGUGAAACAAUUACAGUCAGGACGCGUUCACCGCUAAAGCAUGCAUCGGAAACCCGCGUCAACGGGCAACGGAAGCAUGAGACGGCGGAAGCCCCUCUCAGUUCAGGCGAGGGAACUGAUUCGAAAACGCCGAAGGCGGAAGCAAUCGGGUCAUGGAAUCCGCAAGCAUCGAUAAUACCACACACGACCGCACCACUUGCGACGCGAAUAUCGGUACCACCUCUGGCGAAAUCCACGCCUCUGACGGUGCGGCCAAAACAACUGGCACAGUUGACGCUGGAACAGCAGGAGAAGGCCGUCGUGGAGGACCUUUUAUAUGUCUUCAUGGGCUGCGAGGGCCUGUAUAUUCGAUAUGAAGACACAUUUGAUCCCCUCUCCGAAACCGAUCGAUUGCUAGGUCCUUCGUUCAGAAUUGAUGGAGGCCUAGACCCCAGCCUACGCGACCUCACGCUGUCUAUGCUGCGCAUUCCCAAGUAUUACAUCGCAGUCGAGGCAUUUGUAGACGUCCUGAGCAGAGAAGAAUACGGGACCGUGAAUCACGCUCUGUGCGCUGCGAUUCGGCGGCUGCUGCAGAGCUACCUCGGCCUGGUGGUGCAGCUGGAAAAUCAAUUCUUGACGACGGACUCGCUGACUCUGCACGUCCUGAAUAUGCAGACCAAGCAAGCGGCCCACAUGAUGUUCCAGCUGUACAAUUUAGCCAUCGAACUGCUAAAGGCAAACGCCGUCCUAGAAGACGAGAACGACGAUCUGGAUGGCGAGUCUGAUGACCUCGAAAACAUACUUGAGGCUCUCAAGGACGGAGGUCAACCAGGAUUAUCCACAAAGAAGACUUGCAAAGGAGGCAGCACCCUUGGUCUAAUCACUCGACGGCUAGCUUCGAUGUCUGGAGAUCCGCAGGCUAAAGCCUUGCUUUCGUCACUGCUUCGAGAAUCCAGCAAGCCGUAUAUGGUCAUGCUGAACGAAUGGCUUCACCACGGCGGCAUUCGAGACCCUCACGCGGAAUUCCUGAUCAAGGAGCAGAAGAGCAUUAAGCGAGAGCGUCUCGAUCAAGACUAUACGGACGAGUACUGGGAGAAGCGAUAUACCAUUCGCGAAGGACUUGUGCCGCCUCAGCUCGAGGCUGUCAAAGAAAAGGUUCUCCUCGCCGGAAAAUAUCUCAACGUUGUCCGCGAGUGUGGGGGUAUCGAUUUGAGCUCCGGAGUUGAGGACGCGCCGCGAACAGUGGACGAUCCUCGUUUCUUAGAGAAUGUACACUCUGCGUACGCUUUUGCAAACUCUUCGCUUCUCGAGCUGCUUCUGACCACACACGCUCUACCGACGCGAUUGCGUUCUCUCAAACACUACUUCUUCCUCGACCGCGCAGAUUGGUUCACUUACUUCCUUGAACUCGGCACCUCAGAGCUUAAGAAGCCCGUUCGUGAUGUAAAUACUUCAAAACUGCAAUCUCUGCUGGAUAUCGUGCUCCGACAGCCAGGUUCCGUGGCGGCAGAUGAUCCUUACAAGGACGACGUCAAAGUCGUCAUGAACGAGACGCUUCUGACGGACUGGCUCAUGAAAAUCGUCAAUGUUACCGGUCUUGAUACAGAUACGGCGGCAGGUGGAAUCGCGGCAGCAUACACGCCUGCAGCUCCCGCAACUACCGAAAAAGACACGUCUAAGAUCUCCGGCUUCGAAACACUGGUUCUCGACUACAUGGUUCCCUUCCCACUGUCUCUCGUAGUUUCGCGUGUGACGCUAACAAGAUACCAACUCCUUUUCCGAUAUCUACUCUCUCUCCGCUAUUUGGAGACUCUUCUUAUCUCUUCGUGGGCGGAACAGAGCCGCGGACCAAGUUGGCGACAUAAAUCCAGCAACGGGAGGGUUGAACGAGCUAAGAAGAGGGCAUGUGCGUUGAGGUCACGGAUGCUGAGCUUCGUACAACAAAUGAUUUACUAUUGCACGACGGAGGUCAUUGAACCGAACUGGGUCAACUUGAUGGAGAGGUUGAAUCAGGGCCAGGAUUCAACUCUCAGCUCAGGAAAGUCAGACGUGCCCACCUCUGUGGAGAUGAACAGUCGCACAAUUCCUCCGGCAGCUGUCUCUGGGGUCGAUGAUGCAUCAACUAGUUGUGUUAAGCGCACAGUUGAUGAGCUGAUGCAGGAUCAUAUCGACUUCCUGGCGACGUGUUUGAAAGAGUGCAUGCUUACUAACUCUAAAUUACUGAAGCUCAACUCCCGCAUCUUGCAAACCUGCACUCAUUUCGCAAACUAUACCGCCCCGUUUUCGAGGUAUCUCGCUCAAUCCGAUCCCGAUCUCUCUUCCGAUUCUGCAUAUUCCAAAGGCGCACGGACGCCAGCGACGAAGACUGCAAGUGCAUCAUCGUACGACCCAAGCAAGUUGGACAAGUUGGAAGACUUGCUGCAGAAGUUUGAGGAUAAUUUCACGCGGCAUCUAAAGAUCUUGCUAGAUACUUUGAACUACCUGGCCGCUACGGAGACGGUCGUGUUUUUGAGUCUGUGUGCCAGAUUAAGCGGUAGCGCGGGCAAUGGUGAGGGGGCCGAUGGUUUGAGAGGUUAAAAAAAGUCGAGACGAGUCACGACUGGAGGAGAUGAGGACACGAAAAGAUGAUACCCCGGGAAUGUUACUGUAAUGUACGUUGAAAAGCAUCGCUCAUCGCGACUCAUUUCCUUCAUGGAUAU